AUGAACAACAUUAUUUCCUCUUGGCAACAGAAGAGUAAUACAUGCAACGUUAAAGAUUUAACCUCCUUCUUUACUGAAAACAACGCCAUGGGACUAACCGGCUGUGGAAAGUUUGGGAAAGGAUUCCUUGUUGCUAUCAACAUUCUCUUUUUUAUUCUCGGCAUUGGUCUCUUUGUCCUUGGAAUCCUGAUGAAGGUCAAUGUUUCCGCCAUUAAUGAUGACGUCAAACCCGCGCUGAAUGGCGUGACCGUUGCCAGUUACAAACUGGGAAACUUGGUGGACAGUCUGUCCAUAUUAUUUAUAGUUAUAGGGGCCUUCAUUCUUAUUGUAUCCGGUCUUGGAUUGUUUGGGGCGUGUUGUGAGGUCAAAUGCAUGCUGGUUACUUAUGCAGUUCUUGUCAUGAUACUCUUUGUGAUGAAAAUCGCAGCGAUUGCCCUCUGGUUUACUAUGAAGAGUGGGUUUGAAGACGUAGUGAAGGAAGGCAUGUUGAAGUCCCUCAAAGAUAAUUACAAGUCAGACACUAUUGACAGCAGUAAUGCUGUUUCAAAUGCUUGGAACUAUAUGUUCAUGUCACUACAAUGCUGUGGGGUUGUAGAUAUUAAAACAGACUUCGGCACCGGUACUCCCGCUUGGAUUGCAGGUCUUACCCCGACUCCCGUAAUCCCCAAAACAUGCUGCAUCGGAGCGGAUUCUUCAAACUAUAAGACAAACCCCAAACUUUCUACGUGUCAACCGGGCACUGCUGAUUACAAUAUGAAGGGUUGUUACGCUGCUUUAAAAGAUGAGAUCACGACAUACGGGAACAUAUUUGUUGGUGUUGGUAUUACCAUUCUGUUAAUAGAGUUAUUGGCAGUUGUGUUUGCAUUUGUAAUUUGCUGCCAGACUGGAGACAAAAACCACGCUGUGUAGAUUAGAGGCAUGUGAAUUCAAGGAAAAAAAUCAGGACAGAUACAUGAAAAUAGAUAUAGAGACCAUUAAACUAGGAUACUGAUGUUGUUAGGUUUUUAAUUAUGAUUAUAAAACAUGCAUUUCAGUACAUGAUUGUACAAUGAGAAA